CGGAAGCAGUGGGAUCCCAGCUAUCCGAAAGCCGGUGGAUCGGGCCAUGGGGGAACCCUGGGCAGCUCGGGGCACAGAAGGAGCGCCCGCGCGGAUGCCAGUGGUGUUCACCGCGCUGUGGGCCGCCGUCGUGGUCCUGGAGCUGACUUACGUGAUGGUACUGGGGCCUGGGCCGCCCCCUCUGGAACCACUCGCCCGGGCCUUGCAACUGGCGCUGGCUGCUUAUCAGCUGCUCAAUCUGCUGGGCAACAUGGGGCUCUUCCUGCGCUCGGAUCCCAGCAUUCGAGGAGUGAUGCUGGCUGGCCGCGGCCUGGGCCAGGGCUGGGCUUACUGUUACCAGUGCCAAAGCCAGGUGCCACCACGUAGUGGGCACUGCUCUGCCUGCCGUGUGUGUAUCCUACGUCGUGACCACCACUGUCGCCUAUUGGGCCGCUGUGUGGGCUUCCAUAAUUACCGGCCCUUUCUGUGCCUCCUGCUUCAUGCUGCUGGUGUCCUGCUCCACAUCUCAGUGCUGCUGAGCCCUGCCCUGUCGGCCUUGCUGCAGGCCCACUCAGCCCUCUACACAGUGGCUCUCCUGCUGUUGCCCUGGCUCAUGCUACUCACAGGCAAAGUGUCCCUGGCUCAGUUCGCCCUAGCCUUUGUGGUGGACACGUGUGUGGCCGGUGCGCUGCUGUGCGGUGCUGGGCUGCUUUUCCAUGGGAUGCUGCUGCUUCGGGGCCAGACCACGUGGGAGUGGGCUCGGGGUCAACACUCCUACGACCUGGGCAUGAGCCACAACCUGCAGGCAGCCCUGGGGCCUCGCUGGGCCCUAGUCUGGUUCUGGCCUUUUAUAGCCUCUCCUUUGCCUGGAGAUGGGAUCACUUUCCAGACUCCAACUGAUGUGGGUCUCAUGACUUCCUGAGUCCAGGUAGAGCCAGAGCUGAACAGGGCAGAAGGGAGCAGAGGAGCGAACUGAGAACAUUUUAGCUUCCUGCCACAGGAGGGCGGCCAGAUUGCCCCUUCCUGUGUGUAGUGGGCAGCUCCGGCUCCUUUGAACCUGCCCAGUGUGGGCUCUUCCAUCGCUACAGUUGGCCCUUUUGGCAAGAGGUCUCCUUGGGCUGACUGGCUGCCUCUCUACAGCGUAGUAGGGUGCCCACCUGGCUCUUGGCCUCCCACAUCUUUGCUAGGUUCCUGUCCCUCACUUUGUUUUGGUUGCAGUUUUCCAGUUCCCAUGGCAGGCCUAGAGACUACAGACUGAGAUCCCACUGGGCCAGGGCUCUGCCUCCUCUGGCCCUGGCAGGGUGUGGUGGGAUCCAGGCAAGGAGAAUCCACACCUGCUCUGGAGAAUAGCACUCCACAGAAACAUGUCUGCAGCAGGGUUCGAGGAAGCUCUUGUAGCUCACCUGUAUGUGGGGCCACAGUUAGGAUCUUUGUUCUGUAAGAAACAGAAAAGCCCUGCUAGACCACGUGACGAGAUUGUGGAGUAGAAAUGUAGACCUUACUGGCCUCAAACUCAAGGAAAUCCACCGGCUUCUCCUUUCUAAGUGCUGGGAUUAAAGACAUUCACUACCAUGCCUGGCCUAAGAGGUUAGAUUUGAACCCAGGUCUUUGAAUCUGCUUUACUUUUGCACAGCUGAAGUGAGAAAGGGAACAUCAGGGCCAAAGUAACUAGCUUCCAAGCGUUCCAGAGUUCAUAAAGGGU